AACCUCCACAGUCUUUCUCAGACAGCUGUGGUAGGUCAUAUCUUGGGAUAGCUAUAUUGAGGUAGCUGACAGUUGAACUGAGGGUUGCGAGGUCAGCAUUGUGCACAUUGAUUCUCGUCCCUGCUGGUCGGGGUACGAGUAGGGAGCUGGUCUCACCUAACAGAGGCGUCCAGGAGACUGCCCUCUAUGUAUUCUCUAGCUGGUGCCUUCCUCAACAAGAUGAGCAAGAUCCAGGUGGUGGAGGGAUACCAGGUUGGAGGAAGGCGUGCGGUGGUGGCGUCUGAUGCGGCUGCUGCGGAGGGAUAUGUGAAGGAGUUUACGCGCCACUCCAACGAUGUCCUGCUGAAUCUGAAUGAGCUGAGGCACCGGAACAUUCUGACCGAUGCCACCCUCAUGGUGGGCACUGCCCAACUGCAGGCUCACUGUGCUGUGCUCAUUGCCUGCAGUGGGUUCUUCUACUCCCUGUACUGCCAUCGUGUGUCCUCCCCCGUACAGAGUGGUGCUGGAGGCCAGGCCCUAACCCUGUCUCUCCCUGACUCCCUGGACCCCUCUAGCGUCUCCCUGCUUCUGGACUUCAUGUACACCUCCCGGCUGCCUCUCACGUCACACACCGUCCCCGGGGUGCUCGCCGUCGCCACCUACCUGCAGAUGGACCACGUGGCUGACACCUGCAGAGCUUUCAUGUUACACAUUGAGAGGAUGAGAGGGACUCGCCCUCAAGUGGAGCUGGACUCCACGGUGUCUGCAGUGUUUGAGGCACCCUCAGAGGGAGUUCCUCCCAGUCCCCCUAUCAAUGGAAGACCCCGCCCGUCUGUUCUCGCUGUCUCCACCCCCUCACAGCCCGCAGCGGAGGCUGAGGGCCAUAUUUGCCCUGACUCAGCCAGGGUCCCUGGAGACAUCCGGGCCUCUCUGCAGCCAGGGACUUUCCUGACCCGUAAGCCCAGGUCAAAGGAACUAAAGUUGGAGCCUGAAUCCCCUCUCCCCACACCCUCUCCAGAAAGCCCAUCCCGCUCCAGCUGCCAGCCCAACUCUCCUGCUGAGUCCAAAACCUGUAACCUGGGUGAACCCAAGAACAGCCCUGACCCUAAGGCGUGCAACUGGAAGAAGUACAAGUACAUCGUCCUCAAUCCAUUCUGUGCCAUAACCACGGUGAAGGAGGAGGAGCCUGAGGAGGACCAGCAGCAGCUUAGGCACACCCCCACCUCUGAUAGGAUGGAGGUGACAUUGAAGCCAACUAUAGAGGCAUGGCCAGGGGAAGGAUCUGGCCAAAAUGACAGGCACGUCUCCUGCUAUGAUGUCCCUGGCCGUAGCCCUCCUCUGGUGCCCCUCACAGGGCUGUCAGCACACUCUGAGGACCACCCCAUGGAGCCUCCCACCCACAAGGAAGGAACAGCCUCGCCUUGCUAUCUGGCACCCCGCCCAUUGGAGCCAGAGGCUGCCCAUCACUGCCAACACCCAAUCAAGCGCAAGAAUUACGGCUUGCCAUUCCGUUACUCCGACAACCUGAGCGUGAUAAAGGCUGUCUGCACAGGUAAGGCAGCCCCUGCUGCCGGCGACAAGCCGUACCGCUGCAACGUGUGUGGCGCCCAGUUCAACCGGCCCGCCAAUUUGAAGACUCACUCCCGCAUCCACUCUGGAGAGAAGCCCUACCACUGUGAUACCUGCGGGACCCGAUUCGUUCAGGUGGCCCACCUGCGAGCCCAUGUUCUGAUUCACACAGGGGAGAAGCCCUAUCCCUGUCACACCUGUGGCACUCGCUUCCGUCACCUGCAGACCCUGAAGAGCCACCUGCGUAUUCACACGGGCGAGAAGCCUUACACUUGUGAGAAGUGUGACCUGCACGUCCGCCACAAGAGCCAGCUGCGUCUCCACCUGAGGCAGAAGCACGGCGCCGUCACCAACAACAAGAUCCACUACAAGGUCCUGGCCGACCCCUACCAGUCCAUCCUGCAGGCCUGUUAAAUGUCUUCCCUUUGAACCCGGACUUUAACCCCUAACCCCAUUAUAACACCUAAACAUAUAGUUGGAAGUACAUGGGUCCUGUAUGUGAUUAGCCAAUCAAGCCAUGAUGUUCUAAUAUGAUUUGGGGAAAGACAGCAGGGCCAGAGAUCUGAGCUGAUAUGUAGAUAGCAUGCUGAUGCCUGUCCUCUACAUGCUGUCAGUGAGGCACAUAUGAGUUAGGUCAGUAUAACCUGGAUCUUGUCAAGAGUUACUGGGAGUAGUAUGGAAUGUUUUUGUAGCCCAUCAGUUUGAGAGAGAGAGAGAGAGAGAAUGGAAGAAAGAGAAAGAGAGAGAGAGAGAGAGAGAGAGAGAGAGAGAGAGAGAGAGAGAGAGAGAGAGAGAGAGAGAGAGAGAGAGAGAGAGAGAGAGAGAGAGAGAGAAUGAUGUAGUAAAUUGCUAUGAGGUUGGGAGCUGUAGAAAUGGAUAGAGCACGUGAAAGAAAGUUUGAUUUAUUUCCCAGUCUCACAGGUAUUUUUAGGGACUGGGACACAUUGGGGAUCGUUGAGUAUUUGGAAGGGAUACUACAAAGAUGUCAUUGCAUAACAAUAUAGACAAAGAUAGGUCAAAGUUCAUGAUGCCCUCAGCACUAACGUGUGAAUAGACUACCCCGAUUGUGACAGCUUUAAAUAGCUUUUUAACUAAUGUUUAUUUUUUACAUACUUGGGGCUUUUGUAUAAUGAUGUGCCAUAUUGGAUCAGAUAUUUGCCCGUUACAUCCCUGCUGUGUUCUUCUAAAGCUUUUUAUUUAAAUGUAAGAUUAUAACUUGUCAUCCGUGAUUAAUUAUAAUUUUAUUUCGGAGUCCAAGCAGGCACAGGACUUCCGUCUCUUGUAUAUGAAGGAAUAUGGGCUCUCAGAGCAUAAAAGCAAAAUAAUGCUACUGUAAAAAAUGGAUGAGAGAUGAUGUUGAUAUCUGAAAUUGUAUGGUGUUCUUUUGCUGGACAAAGACAAGGACUGUUUUAUACCAAUUAAAUGAAAUUGAUUGCCAUUAA